GUGUACCAUUCCCAAAGAAUUUCAUGUCAGUGGCAAAGACAAUUUUAAAGCGACUCUUCAGAGUUUAUGCUCAUAUCUAUCACCAGCACUUUGAUCCAGUGAUCCAGCUACAAGAAGAGGCACACCUCAACACUUCUUUCAAGCACUUUAUAUUUUUUGUUCAGGAAUUCAACCUUAUUGAUAGAAGAGAACUUGCACCUCUUCAAGAACUGAUUGAAAAACUCACCUCUAAGGACAGAUAAAAGGAAAAGGAUUUCUUGAAGUCACUUGUUUCUUUAAGCAAGCGUGUGGUAUUUGGAUUUUGUUCAUUUGGUUUUUAAAAAAAACAAAACAACCCCCUGAGCUGUUACUUCAAACAGCCAAAUCUACUUUCUCUGGUUUUAUUAGGGGAAAUCUUUUCUCUGUUAGUGACACGUGGUAAAUAGCUUUUUUUAAAAUUUUAUUUUUCAUCGUUGUUAUUCAGUAUGGAAUUUUAGCAGGUGCUGAGUGUUUAUAAGGGAAACAUGCUUGGUUGGGGGAUUGACUCUGCUGGUGGAUGGGUUCUGUAUUGUGUCAGUGGUAGCCCAUUCUUAUGAAGUCCCUAAAAGACUUGCUUACAUUCUUUAAGUGCCUUGGCAGACUCACUUUUGAGGUGCAAAGCACAUACAAUACUGAACAUUGCUGGAAACAGAAAAUACAAACUAACACCCAGGACACUUACUUGUUUUAGGAAAAAAAUAUAUAUGCUUACACUAAAAAAAAAA